UAUAUAUAAUAAUGAUAUAUUGCCAUGUAGGUAUAUGACUAUAUAAGUGCAUUAUAAAACAGCAUAGGUAUUAAAUUGUGUUUGCCGUCUAAAUUACAUAGUGUCGCACUAGCUGUCGUGUUCGUAUAGCUUAUACCAUAUUACCAUGUAAUAUAUAACUAUAAAAACAAUUUCUACAAAUGUAUAGUAGUAAUGUUGUGUAUAAUUUAUUAUUGUGUCACUCGUAUACUUGUAAUAAAUUGUUAUGUUUUCCGUUUAUGUUUCAUGCAUAUUUUAUUGUAGCCUGAAAACAAUAAAACAAAUCAUCGUAAUACAUCCAGUAAUACCUGGCGACUGGCAGUAGUACAUUAUAGCCUACUCGUAUAGGAAUCGUAUAAUAUAAUUUUUUUUUUUUGUAUAAAAACACAAUAAUGACGUUGCCGAAAUAUUUAAUAUAACUUCAUGUUUCUACUUUUUUUUUGUACUACCUAUACGCUACAGCUAGGCCAUCAUCGAUCAUCGUUGUUUUUUGCGCGUUUUCCUCACCUAUAUAUGUAUAGCCUAUAACCAUCACCGUCCAGCGCUGUCGAAAUCUUCCCUUCGGUCGGGUUUUCAUUAGGAUUCUGAUCAGAGAAAUUCCGUGAAAUAAGACUUCCUCAGAGUUUCUACUUGUAAUUCUUACUCAUACCCGUAUUUAAAUAUUUGUUUAAACCCGCAAUAAAACGUAGUCGCAGAUGUUUUACGCAUCCAAAGCGUUGACCGUCCUGUGGCGGUUGACCGGGUUGGGGACGUUGUCUUUGAGCAGCUCGCCGCCGCCACCGUCGUCCCGUCUGUCGGCCGCGUACGCCGCGAUCGUUUAUUCGGCGUACGCGUACCUGUGCUCGGUACUGGUGUUGGAACGGUUAAGCGCGUACAGGCGGCACGAGAGCGGCACGUUUCAGAUCCACGCGAUCAGGGACACGAACAUGGCGUUGCUGUUCGUCACGUCCACGGCCGUUUACUGGUGCACGACCGUGUACCGCCGGCAACACGCCCGGGUGUACGCCGAACACGCGGCCGUGGUGCACCAGUUGUUCGGCACCGCGGCCCCGGUCGGCCGCGCCUUGGACGCGUACUGUUGGGUGCUGUACGCGCUAUUGGUCGCCGCCCUGUCGCUGGACGUGCGCCGGUACGCGGGCCCCGUGCCCUGGACGUUCGGGGCGGUCUACGUUUGGGGCCAUUACGUGUUGCUCACCGGCAACAUGCAGUUCGCCAUCACCGUUUUUGGGCUGCGGCAGUGUUACCGCGAGCUCAACUGCCGGAUGCGGGCCGGAAACGCGGGCCGCUCGCACGAUUCCGGCCUGCGCGAGUAUGGAACCGCCGCCGCCGCCGACACCGCCAAAACGUCGUCUUCGGACGUCCCGCUGCAGAACAUCAUGUUCAUCAGCGUAUUGGAAAAAGUAAAUUUGCUUACAAUUCUAAAACAUUGGUCCGAUGUGCAUUGGUCAAUCACACAAAUUGUAUCCAGAGUCAACAACUUAUUUAAAUUCCGAUUAUUCAUCUUCUUUCUUUGUGGAUUACUACAUCUGAUGCUAACACCUUAUCUAUUGUCGUUGACAAUACUCAAUGAGGAUAUUGAUAUAUUGCGUUACAUAUUGGAAUGCACUUUAUGGUUCAUCAUUCAUAUUCUUCGAGUGGUUUUGAUGAUUUACCCAUGUGCUCUACUAGGGGAAGAGGCUGCUAAAACACAAAUAUUACUUGGAAGCUAUCUUAAUACUAAAAUCGAUUUAUUUGAUAUAAAAAAGAUUGAAACUUAUGCGCAACAGUUAGCUGCCAACACUCCAGAAUUUAGUAUAUACAGUAUGUUUGUUAUAGAUAAACAAUUAGUAAUUACAUUAACAGGAGCAGUAACAACAUAUUUGGUGAUAAUCUUACAAUUGCAAGGUCAAUCAUAACAGAAUCUUUAGAAUUUAAAUUAUAACAUGUACUUUUAUAUUUAUGAUGUAUUUUACAUUUAUUUGUCACGAUCACUCAUAUUAUUAAUUUUAGUUGUAAUAUUUAGAAUUUGUAUACUUUAUUGUUUUAUAAAAUUCUUUAAGAACUAUAUUAGUGAUCUCAAUAAAGUACCUACCUCAUUAAUUAAGUGAUAUAAUAUGCUUAUUAUUUAUCUAUAAAAUAUCUAUAUCGGUAUAGUAGGUACACUCUUUAUCUAUAGUAUCUCGGUUUAGUAUAAAGUUUAGUUCAUUGACAUGCAAUAUAGUCCUCGGUAAGAUUCAAAUGUAUCUAUCUUAUGAAUAUGAUAAUAUGUUGAUAGGAUUAUAAACAUUUUUAGGUAGGUACCUAAAUAAGUGCCGUGGAAGUAAUGUGAAAGUUGUCCUAGUGGCGCUUAGGUUAAAACAGAUAAAAAAAAGGUACCUAAAUAAAGAGAAAUGAUAAAG